UAUUUGCAUCUUAGCAUCGAAAAAAAUUCACUAAACCUUCUACAAUAAUCUACCUUCUUUAUAAAAUUUUGUUGUAAAACACAAAUAAACCAUGGAAAGAAAUAUAAAUGCAAACUCAAAAAUUCACGAGGAUACAGAAUUGAGAUUAGGCUUACCAGGAAUUAAUAAAGAAAAGAAAAGAUUAUUUUCUGAAAUUAAUGAGGAAUCAACUUCUGGCUUUGAAAUACACCCAGCACUACCUCAAAAGGUGCAAGUAAUAGGAUGGCCUCCAAUUAAAACGUACAGGAAAAACAGUCUAGAAGCAGUUACAAAGUACGUAAAAGUUAGUGUGGAUGGAGCACCAUACCUACGAAAGAUAGAUCUAAAACAGCAUAAAGAUUACAAUGAAUUCUUAAGUGCCUUAGAACAAAUGUUCAAAUUUAAAGCAUUAAGCAUAAGAUCUGAGUAUGAACCAACUUAUGAAGACAAAGAUGGGGAUUGGAUGUUAGUUGGUGAUGUUCCAUGGGAUAUGUUUAUUGCUUCUUGCAAACGUCUUAGGUUGAUGAAAAGAUCUCAUCUUUAGAGUUACUUCAUUGGUUUUAUUAGCUAUGUAAAAUGGUUAUUAUGUAAAUACAUGAUUCCAUUAUUUUGGAGAAUUUUUAACAAUUUUAUUAAAAAACGUUAUUUAAAAUAAAAAUUAUAAUACUUUGUCAAUAGCAGUCUCAUAUAUAUUUAAUUUUCAAAAUUAAAGUCGCAAUAUUAAUUCUUUUCAAAUAUUAAUUUUGUUAAGUUAUUAUGUCUUUGUACUCGUGGAAUCAACCUAUUAAAUGUAAAAUUUA